UGUCAAAUUUCCUGCACUAGAACCGGAGUUACAGUAAUCAGCCCCAGCGAAUUCGCCAAUUUAGAAUUGUGCUGCGCCGGCAACUGUUUAAUAAAGCGGAAUGCUCCCGUCAAUUCUGGAACUUUAUCAGGAUUGGGACUGCUAUUCCUCCUACUCUUAUCUAUUGGAUUAUCACGCAUGUUAAAAUCAUGUUCGCCGCGAUCCAAUCCAUUUUUUCAAUCUUCUCCGCUUUAUUUAAAACUCCUAUCCGAUCUAUGUGACUCUCUUUGCAACCAAAAUCAAGGGGAAGAAUACCUACUGCCUGAGUCCAGUAAAAGGAGAACCCACAGAGAACUCAAUAGGCAUUGGAGAAUCAAUAUGCUAUACCGCAACAAUGGGCAUUCAGAUGAAUGGCAUGCUCGCUGCUAUUGGCCGGCGCCCCAGUGUCGCCGAAGCGACGUUUGCCAUAAUUGA